AUGUCGUCGUUUCUAGAGCGCCAGCAAAAGGCCAUGGCCGCGAGCCUGGCAGGCGCGGCAUCCAAAUUGAGCGGUGCCUCAAAGACCAACAGCCUCAAACGACCGCCGCCCUCGCCAUCACCGUCGGUAACCUCGACAACAUCUGCGGCGCCAGGCAACGACGGAUCGGGUUCGACACCGAAAAAGGUCAAGCGCGAGACCACGGCCACCAUCUUCUCGCAGCCGGCACAAACGGGCUACGGAACGGAGCUGGGAUCCAAUAUUAUCUACAUUGUCGACAACCUCAAGGAGCACGGCAAGCCCAAGACGCUGGACGACGUGCUCGGCCACGUCAACCUGCAUCGGCGCGACGACAAUUUCAAGCGGGCCGUCGUCGAGACGCUGAAGGCCCAUACAAAGGUCAACUUCAUCCGGGAUCCCAAGGCAGAGGCGGCAGAUCCGGAGAACGCCUGGAAGACGGGCAAGUAUGAGCACCUUCCCUUGAUCCCGGGCGUCAAGGACGAGACGUCGCUGCUCAGGUACCUCAGCGAGCGCAAGACGGCGCAGGGCGUCAGCGUCAAGGAUCUCAAGGACGGCUGGCCCAGCUGCGACGAGACCAUCACCAAGCUCGAAAAGGCACACAAACUGCUGGUUGUGCGGACCAAGAAGGACGGCGUGGCGAGGACCGUGUGGAUCGACGACCCGUCGCUGCACCACGAAGUCGACGCCGAGUUCAAGCUCAUGUGGCACCGCGUCGAGGUCCCUCCCCUCGAGGAUAUUGUGCGCAAGCUAGCUGCUGCCGGCCAAAAGCCCACCAGCGACGACCCUCAGCUCAAGGUCCACGCCGUCGCCAAGGACACCAAGAAGAACAAGAAGAGGGCCGUCAACAUCAAGAAGAUGACAAAUGUUCACAUGGCUGGGCUUCUCAAGAAUUUCGACCACAUCAAGAAGUAG